UGUAGCCAUGCAGAAAUGGCUUUGGAGGGAAAAGGUACAAGCUUGACAUUGAAGGCACUAGAAAUGAACGAUGACCUCAGGAACCUGUCCCUGUCCGGCCACGUGGGCUUCGACAGCCUCCCGGACCAGCUGGUCAACAAGUCAACGUCACAGGGCUUCUGCUUCAACAUCCUGUGCGUGGGUGAAACCGGCAUCGGCAAAUCGACGCUGAUGGACACUCUGUUCAACACCAAGUUCGAGAGCGAGCCCGCCACGCACAACGAGCCCGGCGUCAGGUUGAAAGCACGGAGCUACGAGCUCCAGGAGAGCAACGUGCGCCUGAAGCUGACCAUCGUGGACACCGUGGGCUUUGGAGAUCAGAUCAACAAGGAUGACAGCUACAAGCCCAUCGUGGAGUACAUCGACGCGCAGUUCGAAGCCUACCUGCAGGAAGAGCUGAAGAUCAAGCGGUCCCUGUUCAACUACCACGACACGCGGAUCCACGCCUGCCUCUACUUCAUCGCUCCCACCGGACACUCGCUCAAGUCCCUGGACUUGGUCACCAUGAAGAAGCUUGACAGUAAGGUGAACAUCAUCCCCAUCAUUGCCAAGGCUGACACCAUCGCAAAGAACGAGCUGCACAAGUUCAAGAGCAAAAUCAUGAGCGAGUUGGUCAGCAACGGCGUCCAGAUCUACCAGUUCCCCACCGAUGAGGAGACGGUGGCCGAGAUCAACGCCACCAUGAGUGUCCACCUCCCUUUUGCCGUGGUUGGCAGCACUGAGGAAGUGAAGAUUGGCAACAAGAUGGCAAAAGCCAGGCAGUACCCCUGGGGUGUCGUGCAGGUUGAAAAUGAAAACCACUGCGACUUUGUGAAGCUGCGGGAGAUGCUGAUCCGAGUGAACAUGGAGGACUUGCGGGAGCAGACGCACACCCGGCACUACGAGCUGUACAGGCGCUGCAAGCUGGAGGAGAUGGGCUUCAAGGACACGGAUCCCGACAGCAAACCUUUCAGCCUCCAGGAGACGUACGAAGCAAAGAGGAACGAAUUCCUGGGAGAACUCCAGAAGAAGGAGGACGAAAUGAGGCAGAUGUUUGUCAUGCGAGUGAAGGAGAAGGAAGCAGAGCUGAAGGAAGCAGAGAAGGAUCUUCACGAAAAGUUUGACCAUCUAAAGAGGACUCACCAAGAAGAGAAGAAAAAGGUGGAAGAGAAAAAGAAGGAACUUGAGGAAGAGCUCAACAACUUUCAAAAGAAGAAGGCAGCAGCUCAGCUAUUACAGUCACAGGCUCAGCAGGCAGGUUCUCAACAAACCAAGAAAGACAAGGACAAGAAAAACUUCUUCUUUAUGUAACCGUCACCUUGCCAAAGCCCCCACACCCUCUCUCCCAGUGGACCAUAGGGCACUGGAAGAGCUGCGGAUCCGGGCACCCCUGGCAGGAGAAGAGCCAUCUCAUUCCUCCAUCACGUCUGCCCUCCUCUCUCCCCCCUUUGUUCCCACCCGUGCGUCUGAGGGUGUGCUGUGCUGUGUGUCUGUGCGGGCUCUGCCCGCUCCGGCAGCGUCCAGGCUUCCAGCUCUGCCGAGGGAACGGCCGCCGGAGGAGCUCGGCCGCGCCGGGACUCCUUGCUCUGGCUUACUUGGAUUUUUUUGCCUCCCUCCCCGAUUUCUUUUGCCGUAACAUGCACACACUGCUGGUGACACACUGAAUGACAGACUGGGGGCGAGUGUGCAAAGCUGGAGGAUUUAAAUUCUGCCUCAAGCCUGGCUGCUUUGGACACCACAACUUCAUCUCGAGGGCGUCCUGUGCUCCUCUGUCGUGGCUGGAAGUCUCUCCGCAGACCUGGUGGUGUUCUCAGUGUCCCACUGUGUGACGGUGGAUGUCCCAUCCUGUGACCCUGUCGGAGCCCGUCCUGGACAGUCAAGGCUUUGUUUUCUAGCUGUGCCUUGCUAUGGGCAGAACGAGAUUCUGGCUUUGUACAGCUGAGCUGCACUGGCUCACACUUAGAUGCAGGGCUUCAUUUUGUUUUCAUGAAGCCUAAUUAGUGAUUAUUUUUUUAACAGUCCUCAAUGUGGGCAAGUUGUUAAAAUUUCUACCUUGUUUACUUUGGAAGUGAACUCAGCAGAAAAGUUUGAGAAGUGCCAAAGGAUUGCUUGAAGGUAAAAACAAAACCUGUAAAUGUGUGUGGUGACCUCCAGCUGCUUUGGGAUGGAGGGAAGGAGGCAGCCCAAGCCUCUUGGGUUAUUGUUUUUUGUGGAGUGCUGCACUUUGAUUUUUAACCGAAUACUAGUGAUUUAUUCUUUGCAUCUGUGAAUCUUAAUCAAGGCCUUCCCUUCCUUUAACCUGCCAAGGUAAAGCUACCCUGAGCUGGUCUAGGUUUGGCCUCUGGCACUUGGUGUGUGACAUACCAGCUGCUGAGGGGCUCUGCUGAAAUCUGCUGGGGUUUGUUUUCACAAGCACAGUCUUUUGCAGCACUCUUCAGUGACAGAGGUCAGCUCCCUGCAGCCGGGUGAAAGAAAAACUGCAUAUCCUGGAAACCUUUGCAACCAAAGAAGUGACUUCAUAGAUGCACUCACGAAGGUUAUGGAGUAUUGGCCUCGUGUGCUGUGCCCUGGUAUGUAGCUGGGCUUGCUGGCUGUUGCCCAGCCUGAAGGUCUGUGAAUAUUUGCACAAGUGUAGCUUGGGACAGGACUUGCAGUGAUACCGAAACCAGAGCCUGCCCCACUCCUGAGGCUGCAGGGGCCUCAGGUGGUACCCAGUGCCUCCCACCAGACAGCCAGGUCAGAAACCUGCUCAGUUCAGCCUUGUGAGCACAAAGCAGGGUCGAGGCCAUUGCUGGAUCAAACCUUGGCUGGGUCUGUCCCUGUCUUGCUCUGCAGAACUCUGUGGGUGUUUGUCUUACCUGGGAACCACCACUUGCAGCAUGGGAUCCCUGUGGGCCCUGGGCCACCACCCCUACCAAAAAGCCAUGGCUUGAGCUGCACAUGUUCAGGAAAAAAAUAGUGAAUAACCAUGCAGCCUGAAAGUAGGGGUUCACCAUGCAGCCAAGGGCUGCUGGGGCUCAGAGCAUGUGGUGCUCCAGCCCCUCCCGUGCCUCAUGCAGGCCAGUGUCCCCCUGGCCCAGGGUUCCCUGCACACAAAGCUGGUCGCUGUUGACUGAGGACAUGCCUUGCCCUUGAAACGCCCAGCUUAGGCUGCCUUUUCUUCCAUGGUGGCACCUGUGCCAGUCUGCAGUGCCAGUGGCUGCUGCUGGGGGCCCAAGGGCCUUGGCUGUGGGCUGUGCAGCUUGCCCAGCAGCCACCUCAGCUGCUGGAUGCCUUCUGUGAGACCCUCUGCCAGGGAGGGAAUCCUCUCCUUAUGUUCCCCUCUGUCCUCACACCUUUUUGUUGUUCCCCCUAAGCUCCAAAUGGAAUUCUUUUCAAAGCCCAAUGAGAAGCAGACGGGCACAAUCCGAAUGCUGAGGCUCACACAGACUGCCUUUAUUUUGCAGCUCUGUAGAGUUUUGCUGUGCUGGUGCCUUGAGUCCUGCUGGCAGCUCUGGAGCUCGUGUCUGCGGGAGGACAUAGCGGAGUUAGAGAAGGGCACUAAUGGGAGUUGGGAUGGAGCAGCAGCGUGCCAGGUGAGGCGGCUCCCUUUGGAGGGGAAAGGCAGAGGUGAGGGAGGAUCCAGCAGGAGCUGGCAGCACAUGGCCUCUAGAGGUCCCCUGCAGCCCAAAUUCAUUCGUGACUGUUCGAAAGCUCGAUGGGGGUGCGCGCCGAGUUCACCAAAUCCUCACAACCGGGCUUAGCUCGAAGGGAAUGGGCUCAAAAUAUGGAGUAGCUUUCAUACAGAGCAGGUACUAAACUUCUGGGGUUUGUUGACACAGGGGGGCUGUCAGCAGAAGGUUUGGGGUCUUUUAAGGGUAAAUUCAGGGAGAACAGGUCCAUAAGGAAAAGAGACUCCGUUGGUGGUGGAUAGAGGGCGGAGGGAAGGGAGCAGAAGGCACGGACGGCAGCGAGAGGCGGAGCUGCCAGGGCCCGGCGGGGGCUUUCCCACAGCCCAGCCUGGGAGAAGGGAUGGCGACGUGACCUUCAGCUGCUUCCUGCAUGGCUGCAGCUCUGCGGGAAGGGGUGUCAGCGUGGGGAGGGGGCGGCUCGGCGAAGUUAUCUGUCACCAAGUGUCCCCAGCAGAGCUGGGAAAGCCACUUCAUCCACUCCCAGUUGAAAAGUUGUGCUUUGGGGUUAACCCUUGUGUGGCUGCUGCAGAGGAUCCACACUCUCGUGUCUGGAGGGCGAAUCCUUCAGGGGCUCAGGGAAGCUGUGGGGAGCAGCGCAGUGUGUGAGGAUGGGCCGGGAUUGCAGCUAAAGGCUUGGGGACAAGCAGCAGUGCUCCUCCGGAAUGUGGCUGCUGUGCCUGGAGAGCUGCCUGGGCUUGGGGCACUGACCAGAUGCUUGGGUUUGGGAAUGCAGUGAUUUUCUCCCAGUGCUCCUGUGGGAGAUGCUGGGCUCCUGCCUGCACUGCUUUGGGUCCCCCUGGAGCUGCUGGCAUCUUGGGCUGGUCCGUGACGUGAAGCACUGGGGUGCUGUGAGGUUUGUGGGAAGGCUGCAUGAAUGUGAGGAGUCAAGGGCAUCAGGGAAUGUUUUCCUGUGGGAAACAAGGAGCCCUGGCAGUGCUCCAGUCUGGCCCUGUGCUCCAGCAGUGGGAGCAGCAUAGAAGCCAGUCUGCUGCUGAAGGUGAGGGGGGCCAUGCAGGCUGGGGCUGGAGGGGGCAGCUGCUGCACUUGCUCCAGGGAAGAGCAAAAACAACGGGAUGCUGUUGGGUGCCACAGCCAGAGAGGUGCCAAGCAUCCAGGGCCUGUGCCAGGACAGCAGGACACUGCAGAGGCGGCUCACCCGGACCAGGGAUGGGGUUUGUGCACGGCACCAAGGAAAUAAACCGUGUCUGUCUCUCUCUGCAGCCCAUGUGUGGGACUGGGGAGCGGGAAAGCUGCCCCAGCAGCCGGGGACACCGAGCCCUGCCCCUGCAGCUGUUUGCUUCCUUGGGCUUGCCAAGUUGGCACGGUGGCUUGGCCGGCUCCAGGCAGCACAAGGAGGCCAGGGAGGGUUUGGGGCAGUUUUGGGAGAGCCACAGUGCUGCUGUUAAUUGGGUGUGGUUUGGAAGGCAGAGCUCUCCCCUCGAGGCUGGUCCGAGCCAGGGUGGUGCGGGGCAGUGCACGACCUGCUGCUGUCCUGUUGCUUUGCGGAGCGGGUGACAGUGACAAGGACACAGUUACCUUCUCAAGAGUGACACACAGCCACGGCUGCAGCACACCUGGGACAGCAAACUGCCCCAGAGGCACCCAAUACCUCCUGAGGCCCAGCUCCCCUCCUUGCUGUUCCAGCCAGGCCCCUGGCAGCUGGCACAGGCUCCUGGCUCCCACCCUCGUGCCAGCUCCUCUCCAUGUGUGCAUCUGAGUGCCAGAGUUCUGAUGCUGUGGGGAAUGCAGGAAUAUGCCCUUAAACCUGGGGUGGAAAGAGCGUGGGGAGGGGAGAAGCCAGUGUAAUUGCACUGGGAAAGAUGUAACUUGCUGGAAGCAGUGAGCCCCAGAACUGGGGAUAUCCUGCAGUGGCAGGGUGCUUUGCUUGGUGGUGUGCUUGUGACACCUUGAGCCUGCUCAGCAGCCUGGCUUUGGAAAACUGAGCUGUGGGAUGAGAAGGUCAGGGACUGAAAAUACUGUAAGGACGGCAGGAAGGGCUGGAAGGGAAGGAAGACACACACCCUGCUGAGAAAUGUGGGCUUGAGGGGGAUUUUUUUGAGCCAUGUCAGGAAGAAGCCAGAACCCAAGAGAAGGCUGUCAGGGUGCACUGCUGCAGUGAAGAUGGCACCUUGGAAGGCAGGGAGCAGGAGGGGCUCCACGACAGGGGACAUGGAGCAAUGUCCCUGCCAGGCACUUGGCCUGGAAGGGCAGCAGCCUGGAGAGAGGAGCACCAGAAGCAGGCCAAGGCUGGAAGUGCUGGAGAGGCAAUGAGUUCAUGCUGGGUGACUCCCCUGGCUGCCCAGCACCUCUCAUGUCACCUUUCCAGGGCUCUGGCACAGAGCAGCUCCCUGGCAGCCUCUGGGUAAAGCCAAGCCAGGUCUUGGGUGAAAAGCACAAGAGACUGGGAAUCCAGGACAACUUUCUUUAUUGCUACCAGAAGGCUUUCAUCAGUACAAUGGCUCUGGAUACAAUACCUUCCUCAGGGCUGUGGAGAGAGCUUACAGUCGGGACAGGGUGUUCUGAGAACAGGGUGUCACACGGAGGAGACGCGUUAAAGGUCAGACUCUUGGUUAGGAGUUACAUGAACACAAAACUCGAGGGUCAGGGUGUUUUGUUUUGGUUCUGUGCCUGAUGAUGACACGUGUUCCAAACCUCAGGUGUCCACAGCUGCCCCGGCACCUCAACCAGCAGUGCUGGGAAACGUGCAGGGAGAACCGGGCUCUGCACAAUUCAAGGGUUACAUGUGAUGGAGAGAGCUGAGCCUUGGUGAGAAUCCACACUGGGUGCUACACAGCAAGAAAAAAAUGGUUUCAGUUCUAGUGAUGCAAAACCCAGUAAUUGCUUUCUGUGUUGGGACAGGCAAACUGGUGUAACUGGGAGAAGUCUCUGUGCCAGGCACAGAGCACCUUCACACUCCUGUGGGAAUUACUGAAGUGUGGAGCAGCUUGCAAGCAUUGGUUUAGGUUUUUUUUCCUGCCUAAUGUUUUGUUUAAAUCCAGUUUUUCAAUAUUAUCACAUUUAAACACCCAACUAUUAACAAAAGAGGUUUUCUGUUUAGAAGGGCAAAAGAAAGCUGUGGUGGAGGUGGGGCAGGACAGAAUGUCAUGCACGAGACUGGCUGAGAACUAAAAGAGGAGCAGGCAGAGAAAGGGAGCAAGGAGCAGGUGGGAAUGGGAUCAGAGAGGCAUUAGUUGGCUGGGAAACCUGGAAACAGCUCCGCAGGGCUGAUGUGUGAGCUCUCGGAUGUGGAGAAUGGGUUACAACACACAGGAGCAGAAAAACAGUGGAACCGACAACACUAGAAAGGAA